GCCUGGGCGCGCGGAGCCCCCACGCUUGUGCCGCUUCCCACUUGGCGCGCUCCUCCAUCUGGAUGGGAAGUUGGGGAAGAUGGACGGGGUCGCCUGGGCCUGGAUCGCUCUCUUCUGGCUGACAGCCGCGGCGGACGGCCUGCAGGUGACGGCGCCCGACAAGAAGAAGGUGGCCAUGCUCUUCCAGCCCACCGUGCUUCGCUGCCGCUUCUCCACGUCCUCCCAGCAGCCCGCGGUCGUGCAGUGGAAGUUCAAGUCCUACUGCCAGGACCGCAUGGGGGAGUCCUUGGGCAUGCCCUCGCCUCGGGCCCAGGCUCUCAGCAAGAGGAACCUGGAGUGGGACCCCUACCUGGACUGCCUGGACAGCAGGAGGACUGUCCGAGUGGUCGCUUCGAAACAGGGCUCGACUGUCACCCUGGGAGACUUCUACAGGGGCAGAGAGAUCACGAUCGUCCAUGAUGCAGACCUUCAAAUUGGAAAACUCGCGUGGGGAGACAGCGGACUCUACUACUGCGUCAUCACGACCCCUGACGACCUGGAGGGCAAAAACGAGGACUCGGUGGAGCUGCUGGUGUUGGGCAGGACAGGGCUGCUUGCUGAUCUCUUGCCCAGUUUCGCGGUGGAGAUUAUGCCAGAGUGGGUGUUUGUCGGCCUGGUGACCCUGGGAGUCGCGCUCUUCUUCGUCCUGGUGGGGGUCUGCUGGUGCCAGUGCUGCCCGCACAGCUGCUGCUGCUACAUCCGCUGCCCGUGCUGCCCAGACUCCUGCUGCUGCCCUCAGGCCUUGUAUGAAGCAGGGAAAGCAGCAAAGGCGGGGUACCCUCCCUCUGCCUCCGGUGUCCCCGGCCCCUACUCCAUCCCCUCUGUUCCCCUGGGAGGAGCCCCCUCAUCCAGCAUGCUGAUGGACAAGCCGCUUCCACCUCCCCUGGCUCCAAGUGACUCCACUGAAGGAAGCCACAGUGUUCGCAAAGGUUACCGGAUCCAAGCUGACAAAGAGAGAGACUCCAUGAAGGUCCUGUACUAUGUCGAGAAGGAGCUGGCUCAGUUCGACCCGGCCAGGAGAAUGAGAGGCAGAUAUAACACCACCGUCUCAGAACUGAGCUCCCUGCAUGAGGAGGGCGGCAGCUUCCGCCAGUCUCACCACCAGAUGCGGAGCCAUCAGUUCCCUGUGUCCGGGGACUUGGAGAGCAACGCUGACUACUGGUCGGGUGUCAUGGGAGGCAGCAGUGGGCCGAGCCGGGGGCCCUCGGCCAUGGAGUAUAACAGAGAGGACCGGGAGAGCCUCCGGCACAGCCAGCAGCGCUCCAAGUCCGAGAUCCCGUCCUAUCGCGGCCGCGACCUGUCCGUCCACGGCACCUCGGAGAAGAGGAGAAAGAAGGAGCCCGCCAAGAAGCCGAGUGACUUCCCGACCAGGAUGUCCCUUGUGGUCUGAUGUUUGUUUCGAGACGUCUCUCUGGAUGACUAGAAAUCAGAAGCGGACGACAGGGACAAGACACAAAUCCAAGAGCCGGCAGGCCCGGGACCUUCUCCGGCCACCACCCUGGAAGGUUUGCUGACCUUUGCUUUGGCGAGAGACGGGGGACAGCAUGACGGAGGCUGAUUCCAAACCUCAGUGGCCACCUAACUUGUUUGAGAAACAUCACGACCGUGACCGCGUGUGCAGACCUUUGCACACGUGCAGUUUCUCGCCUGCGGAACUCACACUGCUCAGUCUCCUUAGCCAAACCAGGAUUCUUUUUCCAGCCCUGAAAGCGAGUGAGCCUGAACCGCAAAUCUCCAGAAGAUGCUCUGCCUGCAGCAUCAUCUCCAUACCUCCCGCGCUGGGCUUCGAGACAGAAUUUAUCACUGCUUUGAGAAGAAAGCCUUGUCCUGAGGACAGACGAUAGUUUCCGGCUAAAUACGCCUUUAUCUCCAUCACCUCUCAGCCACUAGUCAAUGAAAUCGCUAAAAUCAGAAGGCCUCUGGUGAGCCCCGUGACAGCGGCCUGCUGGACUGUCACAGAAAUUACUUCGAUUUUCUAUUCUGAAAGACAGUUCUCAAGUGGCUGGACCACAACGAGGGAGAGGGCGCCUGUUUGGGAAGCUCUCUAAGCAGUUUUUCGUUUUCCAUUCUGAGGACGUAAACUGCUUUUUGUCUUCUGUGCGUGGCCACAUCUGAGUCGGACACUAAGGGCUGCCCCAUCCUCCCCUGUCCUGGACUUCCCACAGGCUGGUGCCACACACAUGGAGCCCCGCCUCCCCCUGCCCUCUGAUUAGCUUGUCAUCUGGUGCCUUCUGAUAAACGCUUAAAGUGCACGCACGCACACGCGUGCGCACACAC